AUGGAUCUUCCAGACAGUGUUAAUUCCGACUUUCUUAACUUCUGGAAGCCCGACUUUGAGCUGACGAAUAGAUUUACUGGUUGCGCUAUCAUAUGUCUCUCCACCAAAUUGAAUCUCAUCGAACCUGACGGCAGCCUCCAUCACGGUAACACUGAGGAGUUUGCCAAGAAGCACGGGGCUGACGAAGCCAUGGCGAAGCAGCUCGUAGGUCUAUUGCAUCAGUGCGAGCAGUCCGCACCGGAAAACCCGGACGCCUGUUUAAAAGUACUGGACAUUGCGAAAUGUUUCAAAUCCGAAAUUCAGAAGCUGAAUUGGGCUCCAGACAUGGAACUGAUACUAGGAGAGGUUUUGGCUGAGUUGAACCUCCCGGACAGCAUUUAUGCCGACUUCUACAACUUUUGGACCGAAGGGUAUCAGUUCAAAAGCAAUGCAACUGGCUGUGCCAUGAUUUGUAUUUCCGCGAGACUGAAUCUCAUCGAUCCGGGCGCCGACGCCCGUAUUAAUCUCAAACACCUCGAGAAGUUAAUCAUGAGAAAUGGAGCAGACGUAGGUACUGCGAGACAGAUUAUGUAUUUUCUUUACAAAUGCGAGAAGACCGCCACCGAUGAGCCGAACGACUGCACGCGUGUACUGAGGAGGACGUAUUGCUUUAGGGACGAAAUCCAGAAACUCAAUUGGGCCCCGGACAUGAAGUACCUGUGGAAACCAUUA